AUGCUUAAAGAUUCACCUAGCAAUAUGAAAAAUUCUGUAGAGAAAGAUGUUUGUAGAGAACCUGGACCCGACCCGAGUGCUCCGGUGACACGAAAAGGUUUACUUAUGUCUUUGUCUACAGGAAAAUCUAUGGAAAUUCCUGAACAAGAUAUGGCAAGAAGAUGUCGGUUUGUGUCAGAAUUUGAAAAAUUAAAUCGCAUUGGAGAAGGAACUUAUGGCAUAGUAUAUCGAGCUAAAGACACAAAAAGUGAUAAAGUUGUGGCACUCAAAAAAGUAAGAAUGGAACAUGAAAAAGAUGGUUUGCCAGUGAGUGGGCUUAGAGAAAUAUCUGUACUACUAAAUUGUAGGCAUGAAAACAUUGUUUUGUUAAAAGAAGUAGUUGUUGGAAGAAGUUUAGAAAGUAUAUUUUUAGUAAUGGAAUAUUGUGAACAAGAUCUUGCAAGUUUGCUUGAUAAUAUGCAGGCUCCUUUUAGCGAGUCACAAGUUAAAUGCAUAAUGAUACAAGUAUUAAGAGGUUUGAAGUAUCUUCAUCGCAACUUCAUUGUACACAGGGAUUUGAAAGUUUCAAAUUUACUCAUGACUGACAAAGGCUGUGUUAAAAUAGCUGAUUUCGGUUUAGCAAGAUGGUUUGGUUUGCCUGUAAGACCAAUGUCUCCAAAUGUAGUCACUUUGUGGUAUCGAGCACCUGAACUUUUGUUACAAGCUAGAACUCAAACUACUAGUGUAGAUAUGUGGGCAGCUGGUUGCAUUCUCGGAGAAAUAUUGGGCCAUCGACCACUUUUACCGGGAAGAACUGAAUUAGGGCAAUUGGAGCUCAUUGUUGACCUUCUUGGGACUCCAUCGGAUGCAAUUUGGCCAGAGUAUUCUUCUCUUCCUGCCCUUGCAAAUUUUACAUUAAAACAGCAGCCUUACAAUAAUUUAAAACAACGUUUUCCAUGGUUGUCUGCUGCUGGUUUAAGACUCUUAAACUUUUUGUUUAUGUACGACCCGAAAAAAAGGGCAACGGCCGAAGAAUGUUUACAAAGUUCAUAUUUCAAAGAAGCACCUUAUCCUUGUGAUCCAAAAUUAAUGCCAUCGUUUCCUCAGCAUAGAAAUUUAAAAAUUAAACAGCCUCCACCUCCACCCGAGUCUCAACCCGUCGUCGAUCAAACUUCUCAGCUUCCGGCAAUAUCCGAUAUUUUGGGAUCACUUGUAAAAAAGAGGAAAAUUGAAUAA